GCCGCUGCUGACAACAAGAUGGCGGCGGCGGGGCCGGCGGGCCCCGAGAGCCGGGUGUUGGGCUACACCCUGCACCGCUGGAGCAGCUUUUCUUCCACCUACCUGCCCGAGAAUAUCUUGGUGGACAAGCCCAAUGAUCAGUCUUCAAGAUGGUCUUCAGAAAGCAAUUAUCCUCCCCAGUAUUUGAUUCUGAAACUUGAAAGACCUGCCAUAGUCCAGAGUAUCACAUUUGGCAAAUAUGAGAAAACGCAUGUCUGCAAUUUAAAGAAGUUUAAAGUCUUCGGUGGGAUGAAUGAGGAAAACAUGACAGAUCUCUUAUCCAGUGGCUUAAAGAAUGAUUAUAACAAAGAAACAUUCACCUUGAAGCAUAAAAUUGAUGAACAGAUGUUCCCCUGUCGAUUCAUUAAGAUAGUUCCACUCUUAUCCUGGGGACCUAGCUUCAAUUUUAGUAUCUGGUAUGUUGAACUUAAUGGCAUUGAUGAUCCAGAUGUGGUCCAGCCGUGCCUCAACUGGUACAGCAAGUACCGUGAACAGGAAGCCAUUCGCCUUUGCCUAAAGCAUUUUCGUCAGCACAACUACACCGAAGCUUUUGAGUCGUUGCAGAAGAAAACCAAGAUUGCUCUGGAGCACCCUAUGUUGACAGACCUGCACGACAAACUGGUGUUGAAGGGAGACUUUGACGCUUGUGAAGAACUGAUAGAAAAAGCUGUGAAUGAUGGCUUAUUCAAUCAGUAUAUCAGCCAACAGGAAUACAAACCUCGCUGGGGGCAAAUUAUUCCAAAAAGCACCAAAGGUGAUGGGGAGGACAGUCGGCCAGGAAUGAGAGGUGGCCAUCAGAUGGUUAUAGACGUUCAGACAGAAACUGUUUAUUUGUUUGGUGGCUGGGAUGGAACUCAGGAUCUGGCUGACUUCUGGGCAUACAGCGUGAAGGAGAACCAGUGGACCUGUAUAUCCAGGGAUACCGAGAAAGAG